AUGGUCAGCAAUCAUUAUGAAGGAGGAAAGAUUGGGCUGAAACCUAAACAGAUCAUGGAAAAAGCUAGAAAAGAUCAUGGUGUUGUGAUUUCAUAUUCAAAGGCUUGGAGGUCUCAAGAGCACGGCCAAGAUAUAGCUAGGGGUACUCCUGAUGACAGUUAUGAAGCUUUGCCCAGCUGGUUUCACAUGAUAAAAGAAAAGAAUCCAGGUUCUGUGACUUUUAUCGAAGUUGAUUCUGUUGGGAAAUUCAAAUACGCAUUUUUGUCGCUUGGUCCAUCUAUCAGAGGGUUUAAGUUGAUGAGGAAGGUACUUUCUGUUGAUGGUGCCCAUCUGAAAGCAAAGUAUAAAGGGACUCUACUUGCUGCCACAACACAAGAUGGUAAUUUUCACUUGUAUCCUAUAGCUUUUGCUAUAGUUGAUUCUGAGAAUGAUGCCUCAUGGAGUUGGUUUAUGAAAUGUCUGAAAACCAUCAUUCCUGAUGAAGAGGAUUUGGUUUUUGUCUCUGAUCGUGCAACCUCUAUUGAAAAUGCUCUUUUACAACAUUAUCCGUUUGCUCACCAUGGAAUCUGCGUCUUUCACUUUGAAAAGAAUGUCCAGGACAAUUUCAAGAGUUCAACACUUGUCCCUUUGGUUGUUGAAGCUGUUUAUGCCUACACCAAGGAUGAUUUUGAUUGCUAUUUUCAUGAGAUUGAGGCGUCCGACAUUGUAUUAGCAGAUUAUCUUCGUAAAGCAGACUUCAGAAAGUGGUCCCGAGCUUAUUCUCCUGCUAAUCGCUUCAACAUCAUGACGUCAAACUUGGCCGAAUCUAUAAAUUCUUUGCUGAAAGUGAGUCGUGAGUAUCCAAUAGUCUGUCUUUUUGACACUAUUAGGAUGGUAAUGACUAGGUGGUUCACUGAACGACGUGAGCAAGGAGUUCGUCACAUGCACCUUGUCACGUUCGAUGUGGGGAACAAGAUGAAAGAGCUAUAUGAUUUUACAUCUCGCUUUCUCGAAGUUUCCAAAAUCAAUGAUUCAUAG